UUCACUUUCGCCUGGUGCAAUCUGUCCAGAGACAUUUUGCAAAUUUGAGUCUUACUUUGAAAGAGCAUUAUCCUUGGCAAGCGUAGGCUCCAAGCUGUCGGAAGCUAUUGCUCUGUCCAGCGAGCUCACACAAUGUCCAUCAUUCAGCCAAGUAUUGAAACAGGGACAUAUUUUCUGUUGUCCUGCACAGUCGUUUAACUAAUCUAUCAUAUAUAUUUGAUGACAGUCACAAAUUGUUUCUGUUGUUCAACUUUAAUGCUCAAUUGCUAGCUGAUUAAAUUCCCGAUGAACACAGAAACUUCUGUCUUAAGUUUUACAUAUUUCAGUGGAUAAUAUCAUGUGAUCUUAAUGAUAUAUGGGAAUACCUACAAAGAGACUCAGUAAUACUGGUAGAUGAAAUGAGCCACAGUACAAAAGGCUGAAGUCUACUCUGAAAAUAGUUUGUCAUGAUCUAAUUCAAAGGAUGUACAACUGUAAGCUGCAGCAUGAUGUCACAAAUCAAGCUUGGAUUCUGUGCACACUGGGUGUAUUACUUUUUUCUGGUUCAUAUUUUGUCAGAGGUAUAAGUCUAACCCCCUGUGGGGAUGGUGGUGUGAGAGAAGUGCUAGUAGACCAAGACACAGUCUUCACCUGCACGGCUGAGGGACGAGUACAGUGGAGAUUACAAUUGGAUGACACAGGCGAUUCCGAGUUGUUAGCAACAUGUGAACAGACGUGUGAAGAGAUGAAUAAUAUGAAUAAACUGUUUAAUGCUAAUAUAGUAAAUGUUCCCAAAUCGAGUUCUAUGACAAUUACAGCUGCAGAUCCUAAAGAGGUUGCCCAGUUAUUGAACGGCAGUCUUCAAUGUGUUCUAGUGAAUGGGACGAAGCCCGUAGCAUCAUCGCGAUGUAACCUCAGUUACGUUUUUCCGCCAGAAGGUGUGUCAUGCACAGCAGUGAAUACAUCAUGGUCCGUGACUGUGUCCUGUGUCAUCAGCAGCGUCUACUCCUCACGUGGACGUUACACGUGCCAGCUUCACCGGACCAAACAUGGAUCGAAGAACGAAACUGUAGAACUUAUCAACAUGGUGACAACACCGACCACUGAAAGAAUUACUAAUAGUGAAGUGAAGGUGUCAGGUGUAUGUCAAUUCAACACAACACUUCCAGCAGAAGAAGGACUCUAUGGCUUUUAUGUCACCAUCUCACCUGGUGGACAGACCUACAAUGCAAAGUUUACUGUUGGUUUCGAGUGGAUUACAAAUGAAGUUCCCCUCUCGCCAACUGUGUCAUGUGCCCCGCAGCCCUACGUGUUAGAAAACACCAACAUCACCUGUACCUGUAGUACUACUAGUCUGGGACAACCUGCAGGCUACCUGAGAUGGAUCGUUGGUAACGAAACUAACCAGGCAACGGUAUCAGCGAAAGAGUACAAGGAUUACAGAUCACAAGAGACAGAGUAUACCCAUCUGCUGAAUCUUCUAGAUCAUGAGAAAACCUGGUUCAGUUGUGAUGUCAUGUGGGGACAAAUAGCGAUCCACGGGAAAAACUACACUGCUAAUGUGGGAUACUCUGCCAGACAACCACACCUGUUGCUCAACAGUAAUGAAAGAAAUGUGACUGUGGGGGAGAAAGAGCAAGUACAGCUUUUGUGUGAAUCCAACGGCCGACCCACACCCAACGUCUCCAUCUAUAACAACGACAACGACAGUGUCAUCAUGACAGGGUGGUCUCCUGUCACACACACGGUCAUCGCUAGAUGUGAAGACUCGGCCAGCUACACAUGCUCCUCGUGGAAUGAGUUUUCCGGUCACGUGACCAACUCACUCAGUCUCAACCUCGAUAUACUAUGUAAGCCUCGAAGUCGUUUAUCUAACCAUCUUGGGGAAUACAUAGUACACCAACAAGAAGUGAACUUUGACAUCAUCGCUAACCCCGCACCACACGAUCAUUGCGUGUGGUUUCUAAGGACACCAUCAAAUGAUAAUGACAGCAUGGAGACUGAAGUUGAAGGUUCCAUGCUAAGCAUUACCUGUAAUACUCGCACAGUGCGCCGUUACCUGUCCACAUGCACUCUGUCAUUCUUCAACGUUAUGUCACUGUCAACUGGUUUGUACAAGAUCCAGCUCACAAAUGAACAUGGUGAUGAGAACUUUACCGUCGUAAUAACCUUUUUGCGAGACUUUCAACGAAUUAAUCCAGCUGUCCUUCCUUCUGUUGUGGGUGCCAUCCUUUUCUUCUUCACGAUUGUUGUACUGAUUGGUGUACUUAUCAAUCGACAGAAAACUAAAGCCAAACAAAGGAUACAUGUCAAGCAAGCUGAAGCAAAUGCCAGCGUCUCUAAUCCGGAGCUCUGUCAGACCCCCCUGUACGCUGUUGUGGACAAGACAAAGAAAAAGACUAACACUCACCCCGAUCACAUUAUUGACACAGACGAGAAACACGAAAAAGGCAAAGAAGGACUCGCACAGGCAUGUGAAUCAGUAUACGCUGUUGUUGACAAAAAAAGAAGCAGGUCUCCUGGCAAGUGUGACAACGCUCCUAAGCUGGGGAAGAAAAUCCGUCUCCAAACAAUGAAAGGUCUGUGGAAGAAGGUUUCCCUAAAAGAAGACUCCAGUUAUGGCUACAAUGACUGGUCUGAGUAUCAGAACAUUGUGCAAAAACGUUCAGGACAAGAGGAGGAACCAAAUAAGUUGGACGUCCGCAGUCCUACCUCAUGUUCCCAUCAGGUCGAUGGAGGCAGAAGGGUCAACUCCGUCGGUCUUCUGUACGUGCAUCCCUGCUUUGAUACCAGCGACGAUAUAAAGUACCACCCGCCGCCGCCACACGAUGCGACAGAGUACUGCACCCUUCGCAUGGUUAAUAAGAAGUUUCCUGCCAUUGACCUUAAGGAAGAAUCAGAAUACUGAGCCUUUGUGCGUGUUUGAACGUGCGCCUCUGGCAAAAACGCAUAUUUGGGACGGUGUUAUACUGUUCAUUUGACCGGAAUUCUCCUAAAAAGUGUCAGACUGGUAGGGUAAAGCUUCUACAACAAUAAAGUUCCCGCAUACAAAACAACAGUCAUGUCGACUCACUAGUUUACUUCCACCUUAUUCUCACGGAUUCAAACGAUGAUUUAUUUGCUUGCGUGCGCGGGACGGAUGAGGGAUGCAUAUGUCCACUAACCUGUCAUAUUUGUAUAUUUGCAGUCUUUAUCCUGAAAUUUUGUUGUCUUGCAGUUGGUGUAAAUUUUGUGUAAAUGGUAACUGCGUGUCAUGGGAACUAAAAAGGAAGCUGCCUAUUUAAAUCCAGUUAUUUCUCUAGUGACCAGCAACCCUUCUCUGUAUAAAACCACUCGCUGAGCUUACAGGUGACUCUUGCUGUGUUGCAUU